GCAAGCCACACUAAGCUUGAGCUCCAGUGAUCAUAAAGGAAGAACACAUAUAUAAUUACUUAAGAUUAAUUGUGAGAUUGAUCGAUCACUACAUAUAUAUAGCCGCUAGCUGUGUUGUGCCAUGGCUUCCGGGAGUCAUAGCUGGCAUUGCUGCUUGCUGCUCGCCUUCUUCCUCGUCUUCUCCGGCGCCGAUGGGCUGUCGACGGCGUACUACGCGACGAGCUGCCCGUCGCUGCAGCAAGUCGUGCGCGCCACCGUGAGCAGCGCCAUCCAGGCCGAGCGCCGGAUUGGCGCCUCCCUCAUCCGGCUCUUCUUCCAUGAUUGCUUCGUUCAGGCUUGCGACGCGUCGAUCCUUCUGGACGACGUGCCGGAGACCGGGUUCGUCGGCGAGAAGACCGCCGGGCCGAACGUGAACUCCGUCCGCGGCUACGAGGUGAUCGACCGGAUCAAGGCGAACGUCGAGGACGUCUGCCCCGGCGUCGUCUCCUGCGCCGACAUCGUCGCCCUCGCCGCGCGAGACAGCACCGCCCUGCUCGGCGGACCGAACUGGGCGGUGCCGCUCGGCCGCCUCGACUCGACGACGGCGAGCCUCGCCGAGGCGAACAGAGACCUGCCGGGGCCGGAUAGCGACCUCGGCACGCUCAUCGCGCGGUUCGGCGCCAAGGGCCUGAGCCCGCGCGACAUGACGGCGCUCUCGGGCUCCCACACCGUCGGCUUCUCGCAGUGCACCAACUUCCGCGCCCACAUCUACAACGACACCGACAUCGACCCGGCGUUCGCGGCGCUGCGCCGCCGCACCUGCCCCGCCGCCGCCGGCAACGGCGACUCCAACCUGGCGCCGCUCGACGUGCAGACGCAGAACGCGUUCGACAACGCCUACUACCACAACCUGCUCGUCCGGCGUGGCCUGCUCCACUCCGACCAGGUGCUCUUCAACGGCGGCUCGCAGGACGCGCUGGUGCAGCAGUACAGCUCCAACCCGUCGCUCUUCGCCGCCGACUUCGCCAAGGCCAUGGUCAAGAUGGGGAACCUGUGCGGAGCCGGCGGCGAGGUCAGGUGCGACUGCAGGGUCGUCAACGACAGCUGAUCGAUAGUUCUUGAGUUAUGCAUGGUGCAUGUAUGUAGAAUUGUGGUUUGUGGAUUUGUAGUGAUGUGGUAUCAUCUAUCUAUGUUCCAAAUUAUACGCUGCAAAUAUUAUUGCUAACACAAUCCAUAAAAUGUUAUAACUUGGAUUGUUUCGGUGCAAGUAUUGUUGGUCGAUAUCUAGCCCACGAGCCAAAAAGAGCGAUGGGCUCAGUCCAUGCUAGGCCCAUCUGCCUAUGUGCUCAUAACACCGAGGAGCGAGUCUAUAGUGUACCAAGUUUAUUUUGCUGGAGCUAUGAUCGGACACGCGGUUUCCUCGAGAGGAAUUGGCCCCGAUUCCCUCAA